GCAAAGAAUCGUAAAAUGACCCCAGUGCCCCUUCUCAUCCGUCUUCCAUCUUUCCCAUUCCGCCCUUCUCCUUUCGGACGCUGGGUCUGGAAACCCAAUUCCCAUCGCCAUUUUCGCUACACCUCAAUGGCAACCCAAACUCACUUUCAACCUCAACCUACCAACGACCUUAACAGUCUCGAUAACUACCCAGUGCCGCUGUCUCCGCCGCUUCCGUUAGUGUCCAAGGACAUAGAGCUGAACAGGGCCUUGACGGCGUCGUCGAGAUCGGCGUUGUUUUCUCUCUCUCAGAGCGAUGUCAUCUUCCAAGAUGACUGGCUCAUCGCCGUCAACAAGCCUCAAGGAGUCUAUUGCGAGAGUGUAUUGUCUGCUGUCCCUAAUCUUCUCGCCGACUCGAAUAGCGACGAGCACGGGACCAAAGUUCCAGAACUGCAUCUAGCUAAUAGACUUGAUCGCGACACAAGUGGUGUAAUGGUAAUCACCAAAUCACACAAAGUAGCUGCUAAGCUCGUUAAAGCUUUUACCGAGCAUAAGGUUAGGAAAACAUAUCUUGCUUUGUGUGUUGGACCGGCACCAAAAUGGGGACAAAUCAUUGUGAGAUCAGGACAUGGCCGGUCAAAACAUGGAGCCUGGCGUGUUUAUGCUACAUCAGAUGUGGGUCGGACACUGCCAGGUGGAUCAGUUGUUAAAGACAUGAAGACUUCUUUCCAAGCGCUAUCUAUUAACGGAUUUGGAUGCUUGGAGGCAAUAUCUGAAUCUGGGAAAGAGGGGGGAGAUUUACUAAUCGUUGAAGAGAAAUCUCUGGUUGACUUUGAUAUGAAGAAAGACGAGAUUUUGAUUAGGGCAUGCCCUCAGAGUGGAAGAACCCAUCAAAUUCGCCUGCACUGCCAGUACCUUGGAAUUCCUAUUAGAGGAGACGUAAAAUAUGAGGGGGUGUAUGAGUGGGAGGGUAAAACAUAUGAUGGCCAUGAACUCCAUGCGGAAACAUUAUCGUUCACACAUCCUGUUUCUGGCCAAUCUAUUUCGCUUCAGGCACCUCUGCCAUUAUGGGCAAACCAAGCAUUGGUACUACAACGAUAGUUACUGGUUUUUGCUGUCAAUCAGAAAGCAGUGCAUCAUCGGAAGGUCCAUCUACAGAAUGCAGGUAAGUUGCAAUGAAACGCGGUGGACCAUGAAAAGAUUGUUUAUCAUUCAUAGCCCAUAUAUUUAUCUGGUAUCUUGUGAUGAAAGCGUACAUGGGUGCACCAAGAGGUCUGAUUACGAGAGUGUUUGGUAAAUAGCUGUUAGUUGGUUUGACUAGUUGAUAGCAUUAGUUGAUUGUAGAAAGU